AAAAAAAAAAGCAAAAAAAACAAAAAGCAAGAAAGAAAUCCAAAAGUUGACUAUCUGAAGUUAUCAACAAAAUCGAUAAAUCCUAAAAUGGAUUAAGAAUAUAACAUAAGGAUACAUUCGUUAGCUUACUUCUUUCUGCCCGUGGUCGCCACCAAGGAGGAACUGCUAAAGUCUCUCUUCCCACCGCCACCGUCAUGUCUAAAUCAGUCUCCUAAAGAGCCUGAGCAGGUCUUCACUGGAGUGUUGAGCUUGCAUAUGACUGAUGAGAGGCUGAGGAGCCCUUCUGAGCAAUGGGGAACGCUCACAGGCUGUGUGGUCAUGAGAGAUCCCAACACCAAGAGCUCCAGGGACUUUGGGUUUAUCACCUAUGCCACUGUGGAGGAGGUGGAUGCAGCCAUGAAUACAAGGCCACACAAGGUGGAUGGGAGAGCUGUGGAACCAAAGAGGGCUGUCUCAAGAGAAGGUUCUCAAAGACCAGGUGCCCACCUAACUGUGAAAAAGGUAUUUGUUGCUGGCAUUGAAGAAGACAUUGAAGAACAUCACCUGAGAGAUUAUUUUGAACAGUAUGGAAAAAUUGAAGUGAUUGAAGUUGUGACUGAUUGAGGCAGUGGCAAAAAAAAGGAGCUUUGCCUUUAUAACCUUUGAUGACCAUGACUCCGUGGAUAAAAUUGUCAUUCAGAAACACCAUUGUGUGAAUGGCCACAACUGUGAAG